UCUCAGCUUCCACUUUAGUUCUUUAGCUAGCUUCUGACCAAGUAACUAAAGUUUCGUGUUGUUUAGUAAUUAUUCUGAAAUAGAUCGCUAUUUGUUAAAAACUAUGUAAAAUAAGGGGUUCAUCGAAUAAAUAUACAAUAGUUUAAUUUAAAAAAAAAAAAACAAAAGUGAGAUCACAUAGCCGUCGUGUUGCUCGUCAUCGUAGUUAACGUCGCUGAUUCACCUACGACAACACUCUGAUUUCAUAUAUAAUUGUCGUCAUCCUAAACAGCACACGUCACUUUCUUCUUUCAGCUUGUUCUUGCCGCGCUUCGCUCCUGUUUUGAAGUAUCAGUUAAGCGAUCAUUUAGAUAGGGUCUUAUUAGGGAAUCCAAUCUCUAUUAGGAUUGUUUUUAUCUAGAGUAUUAGGGAAUAUAUUUGUUAGAUAUAUAUUCCUAAGUCCAUUGUGAUAAAGGACAAAAUUAGUUUAGCUCAUGUGUAUGUAUGUAUAUAAACGAGUGUAAGGUCUCGAAUGAAAAGGUUACAAUAUCAUAUCAAGUUUUUACAGGUCUCUUGUUUGACUUUCACUCACGUUAAAAAAGCUUCAACCUAUCUUUGUAGUUUUCUGAUGGCUCAUUCAGCAGAUUCCGUCAAUCCAAGAGAUGUUUGCAUCGUGGGUGUUGCACGCACUCCAAUGGGUGGCUUUCUCGGAUCUAUCUCGUCCUUACCUGCUACAAAGCUUGGAUCCGUAGCUAUUGCAGCUGCUCUGAAGAGAGCGAAUGUUGACCCGUCUCUGGUCCAAGAAGUUGUAUUUGGGAAUGUUCUUAGUGCUAAUUUAGGUCAAGCUCCUGCUCGUCAGGCUGCUUUAGGUGCAGGAAUCUCUAACUCUGUUAUUUGUACUACAGUCAACAAGGUUUGUGCUUCAGGCAUGAAAGCGGUGAUGCUUGCUGCCCAGAGUAUCCAGCUGGGUAUCAAUGACGUAGUUGUGGCGGGUGGCAUGGAAAGCAUGUCUAAUACACCAAAGUAUCUUGCAGAAGCAAGGAAAGGAUCUAGAUUUGGUCAUGAUUCACUAGUAGAUGGAAUGCUAAAGGAUGGACUAUGGGAUGUCUAUAACGACUGUGGGAUGGGAAGUUGUGCAGAGUUAUGCGCCGAGAAAUUUGAGAUAACGAGGGACCAACAAGAUGACUACGCUGUUCAGAGUUUUGAGCGUGGUAUUGCUGCCCAGGAAGCUGGUGCCUUCACAUGGGAAAUCGUCCCGGUUGAAGUUUCUGGAGGUAGGGGUAGGCCAUCAACCAUUGUUGACAAGGACGAAGGUCUUGGGAAGUUUGAUGCUGCAAAAUUGAGGAAACUCCGUCCGAGUUUCAAGGAGAGUGGAGGCACUGUUACAGCUGGAAAUGCGUCUAGCAUAAGUGAUGGUGCAGCUGCCCUUGUCCUUGUUAGUGGAGAGAAGGCGCUUCAGCUAGGACUUCAAGUAAUCGCAAAAGUUAAAGGUUAUGGUGAUGCAGCUCAGGAACCGGAGUUUUUCACUACUGCUCCUGCUCUGGCAAUACCAAAAGCUAUCGCACAUGCUGGUUUGGAAUCUUCUCAAGUCGAUUACUAUGAGAUCAAUGAAGCAUUUGCAGUUGUAGCACUCGCAAAUCAGAAGCUACUUGGGAUUACAUCGGAGAAGGUGAAUGUAAAUGGAGGAGCUGUCUCUUUAGGACAUCCUCUAGGCUGUAGUGGGGCUCGUAUUCUAAUCACAUUGCUUGGGAUACUAAAGAAUAGAAACGGCAAGUAUGGUGUGGGAGGAGUGUGUAACGGUGGAGGAGGUGCUUCUGCUAUUGUUCUUGAACUUGUUUGAUUCAUUAUAAUGAAUCCAGGUUGGUGAACUAAACAGACGUAUGUAUCUUUCUUCCAACUUCCAAGAGUCAGUAAUCCCACUUCAAGGUUGAUAUUAGUUGGUCUCUCAAUAAACGAGUGAUCUUUGAUGUUUCUAAGUCUGUUUAAUUAUUUGAACUCGAUCGGUGUCUGGUUCGUACUUCUAGUUUUGAAGUAUGUCUCGUUCAAGAUUUUACCAAUGAGCUCCACUCUUUAAAUUUCAAGAACGUGAUCCAUCUCCCUUUCGUCAUGAACUUUUGAAUAUCCCCUGUUUGUCUUUCUUACAAUCAACGAAAAUGCAGUAAUUUUUCUUUUCUUCUU